AUGUCAAUGUCCUCGGUUUCUCCAGAACCAGACGACGUAGCCGACUCUUCGCCGGGCUGGUAUCUCAAAGACGGACCUCACAGAUACGUCGGGGUCAUCUUGGUGGUGGUGAUGGUGACCAUCGUCAUCGGGAUUUACCUACACGUCGGGAGGAGACCUAGACAGCUAGCCCAGGCUUUACGACAGAGACUGCGGAGAACGGGGGAGAAGGAGACAGCAUCAAUUCCUGCAAUCAACAUCAUCUCCACCGACAACGAAAAACGGGUCUACGAGCAUUCGCAUCCCUCCACUAUUUCCACGAGCAAACCGAGCGCAUCAGAGCGUCCAAGAAGCUAUCAGAUAGCACCAGAACAGGUCUGGAUGCCUGAGAAGCCCGCGCCCUGCGUUAAACAGUCUAUGCGGAUGACGGUAGAGUUCGAUGAAUUCGACUGGGGCCAUGUUGAAGCGUUGAAACGACCUUUGUACCCCCAGCAGGACCGGAAAUCCUACCCUCCACUCGGACACAAGCACCCGCCUCGAAGGCAUCAUCGGAAAAUCUCACACCUCUAG